GGCCGGCGGCGGUCGUGGCUCGGCGGGGGCCGCGCGGCCGGGGGGCUGCUGGGGGUGUGCGCCCCCAGCCGGCUGCCCUCGUGGAUGCCUCCCGGCGGCGGCGGGCCCAUGAAAGACUGCGAGUACAGUCAGAUCAGCACCCACAGCUCCUCCCCCAUGGAGUCGCCCCACAAGAAGAAGAAAAUCGCGGCCCGGAGGAAAUGGGAGGUUUUCCCGGGAAGAAACAAGUUCUUCUGCAACGGGAGGAUCAUGAUGGCCCGGCAGACGGGCGUCUUCUACCUGACUCUCAUCCUCAUCCUGGUCACUAGCGGACUCUUCUUCGCCUUCGACUGUCCGUAUCUAGCAGUGAAAAUCACCCCUGCUAUCCCCGUGGUCGGUGGCAUUCUGUUCUUCUUUGUGAUGGGGACCCUGCUGCGCACCAGCUUCAGCGACCCUGGCGUCCUUCCGCGAGCCACACCUGAUGAAGCCGCCGACCUGGAAAGGCAAAUAGGUAACCCUGAAGAUAUCGCAAACGGCACCAGUUCAGGGGGGUACCGCCCACCUCCCAGAACCAAGGAAGUCAUCAUCAAUGGCCAGACUGUGAAACUUAAAUAUUGUUUCACCUGCAAGAUUUUCCGGCCCCCUCGUGCCUCUCAUUGUAGCCUUUGCGAUAACUGCGUAGAACGAUUUGAUCACCACUGUCCCUGGGUAGGCAACUGUGUGGGGAAAAGAAACUACAGAUUUUUUUAUAUGUUUAUUUUAUCUCUGUCUUUUCUGACAGUCUUUAUAUUUGCAUUCGUUAUCACCCACGUCAUUCUUCGUUCACAGCAAGCAGGAUUCCUAAAUGCUCUUAAGGACAGUCCUGCAAGUGUGCUGGAGGCCGUGGUCUGCUUCUUCUCCGUCUGGUCCAUCGUGGGGCUCUCGGGUUUCCACACGUACCUGAUCAGCUCCAACCAGACCACAAAUGAAGACAUUAAAGGAUCUUGGUCAAAUAAAAGAGGUAAAGAGAAUUACAACCCCUACAGCUACGGAAAUAUCUUUACAAAUUGCUGUGUUGCCCUGUGUGGGCCCAUUUCUCCAAGCCUCAUUGACAGAAGAGGGUACAUCCAGCCUGACACCCCACGGCCAGCCGCACCCUCCAACGGGAUGGCCGCGUACGGGGCCACACAGUCACAGAGUGAUACGUGCGACCAAGACCAGUGCAUUCAGAGCACCAAAUUCGUUUUGCAGGCCGCGGCCACGCCCCUGCUGCAGAGCGAGCCCAGCCUAGCCAGCGAUGAGCUGCACCUGCCCGGGAAGCCGGGCCUGGGCACGCCCUGCGCCAGCCUGACGCUGGGGCAGCCCACGCCGCCCUCCUCCAUGCCCAACCUCGCCGCCGAGGCCGCGCUCACAGACAUACUGCCCCUGAAAGAGGAGCACGUGGGCCACCAGUUCCUGACCCCGGAGGAAGCGCCCUCGCCGCCCGGGAUGUUGGCGGGCAGCCCGCUGGCACACAGCCGCACCAUGCACGUCCUGGGCCUCGCCAGCCAGGACUCUCUGCACGAGGAUUCGGUGCGCGGCCUGGUGAAGCUCAGCUCCGUGUGACCGCGGGGCCCCGGCCCGGGGGCUGCAGACAGCAGGAGCGACGGACGGACGGCCCCACCGCGACUUCCGGCGACCCAGUGCCGGGGUGGCCACGACGACUCCAGGUCCUGAGGCAGGAAGAGCCCUGGGAGAAAAAAUCGGAUCCUCCUCUGAUGGCAGAGGAGGGCAGGACCCAAAGGCUAGCAGCUUGGUUCCAUUUGAAUUUUUGCCCCACCCUGACCAUUCUGAUAACGGUGGAAACAGAGACGUAGCUGUUUUCAGGUGUUUGGAAUAUGGAGGGUGGGCGUGGGGAGGGAGGAGCCUCCGGGGGCCCCCAGUCGGAGUCUGGGCAGAGAAGAGGCUGCCUGGGCGUUCCUCUUGCUGUUCUGGGACAGAUACACGGAAGGUUUAUGACACUUGUGGCCGGACUGAAAUUGCACUUAAGUGUUAUGCUACUAAUAUUUGAAACAGACAUGCCAUUCCAUUUGUUAAUUUAAGAAAAACCUAAAGGGAAACAAUGACCAGAUGUGGACUUGCAUGCCACGCUGCAGUCUGUUCACGGUGGUGAUGGUAUUGAAAGGCAACUGCUGCUUUCUUUCUUCUUUUUUUUUCUUUAAUUUUGUGAAUUCUCAAGUGCUGUUUUAUGGGAAGACAGUGCAACAAACCAAGACUAAUGGACCACGCCAUCCGUCGCCAGCUUCUUCAGCUUAAUUCUACAUGGGUAGGUGGCGCGCCUGGGCUGCGGAGGGCUGCCGGGGUUUUAUCCCAUCAAGCAUCAGUUAACCUUCUGUUUAGUAGUUAGCCAAGGUGUUGUGUUGUACCACACCUGCCACAGUCUUCACCUCCUUGUGUGACCAAACUCCUGUGGACAGCCAAUAAAAGGACGUCCUCUGUUAUUUUGGAUCUGUGUACAGUUAUCCUUAACAGCUGAAAUGACAACACCGUCACCCAGAUGGCCUGAGGGGAGUUCAGUUUUAUUGAAGUAUCCCUAGGGAGGAAUGGUCCCCAAACAGUCAAAACGUCAAAUCUUUGAAUUGUGGGGGAACGAUGGG